ACAAAGUAGAUAGGGACGAUAUCGAGCUAGCUAGCCAGCUGGGUCUGCGUCUGUUUUUGAUCUGACGUCACGCGUCAGUUGAGCGUCGUUCGGCAAGCGGACCAGUCCAACGCGUACACACUAUCCACAAAUCGAAGAGUUGCAAGCUGCCAACGACAGCUAAAACCAAAAAGUCCUUCCCGACAACAAUAUAUAGCUACCGGAUAGCUGCUGCAAGAAAGGAUGCGAUAACGGGAAUCCAUAAACUGACAGAAGGGGCAGCAGUGCCGCUGAAGCGGAAAUUGACAGAAGUCGGAUUUCUGUUGCUCCUGGUAGGUAAAGAUGACGAAGAGAUUCGAGUUUAAUUGGCAGAUAGAAGUACCGGAGGUACUGAGGACCGGAUGCGUUUUCGAUCGAUGGUCUGAAGAGAAGGACAACACGGAAAUUGAGCCGAACUGCUUCUUUAAGGUCGACGAGUAUGGUUUCUUCAUCUACUGGCAGAGCGAAGGAAAGGACGGAGACGUCAUCGAAUUGUGUCAAGUGAGUGACAUACGUGCUGGUGGUGUGCCCAAGGAUCCAAAGUUAUGCGAUAAGCUCAGCGCCAAGAGUAAUGAUUCACUGGAGGAAAGAAGUUUAACCAUUUGCUCGAAUGUGGACUACACAAAUAUCAAUUACCAACACGUCGUGUGUCCUGACGCUGUCACAGCCAAAACGUGGCUGGAUGGCAUACGAUCUAUUACGCAUAACGUGAAAGCCAACAAUGUCUGCCCAAUGACGUGCCUAAAGAAACAUUGGAUGAGACUUCGGAUGUUGGUUGAUCCGAAUGGCAAAGUUCCCGUAAAGGUGGUUGCAAGGACUUUUGCUUCUGGAAAAACGGAGAAAUUAGUAUAUCAGUGCCUUUCUGAGUUGGGCCUACCAAGCGGCAAGAAUGAUGUGAUAGAACCGGAUGAUUUUACUUUUGAUGCAUUUUAUGCACUUUAUCAUAAAAUUUGUCCUAGAAACGAUAUCGAGGAACUUUUUCAAUCUAUAACUCAAGGGCAAGCUGAUACAAUAAGUUUGGAACAAUUUAUAACGUUUCUGAAUGAAAAACAGCGGGAUCCUACGCUGAAUGAAAUCCUUUAUCCUUUCUACGAUGAAAAAAGAGCUACAGAAAUUAUCAAUGAUUACGAACAAAACGAGACAAUUAAAAGUCAAAGGCAGAUGACCAAAGAUGGCUUUAUAAGGUACCUGAUGUCAGAUGAAAAUGCACCUGUAUUUUUGGACCGGUUAGACGUUUACAUGGAUAUGGAUCAACCAUUAGCGCAUUAUUAUAUCAAUUCAAGUCACAACACGUACUUGAGUGGUCGUCAAUUUGGUGGCAAAAGUAGUGUUGAAAUGUACAGACAAGUUUUGUUAGCGGGUUGCAGGUGUAUUGAAUUAGAUUGUUGGGAUGGUAAGGGAGAAGACGAGGAACCAAUCAUAACACAUGGCAAAGCUAUGUGUACUGUCAUUCUUUUCAAAGAUGUUAUAUAUGCUAUACGAGAUACGGCAUUCGUAACAACAGAUUAUCCACUGAUUCUUAGUUUGGAAAAUCAUUGUAGUAAAACUCAGCAGUGCAAAUUAGCUAAAUACUGUGAUGAAAUACUUGGUGAUUUACUACUAAAGGAGCCUUUAAAGGAAUAUCCGUUGGAACCUGGUGUGUCACUACCUUCACCAAGUGCAUUGAAAAGAAAAAUCCUAAUAAAAAACAAAAGGCUAAAACUAGAAGUAGAGAAGCAAGAAUUGGAACUUUUUAAACAAGGUCAAUUUGUCAUAGAAGAUGAUAUUAAAGAAGAUGCGAGUGCUCCGCCAACAGUUACACCAAUCGUCGAACCACAAUCGGUAAAGGAUGAUGUAGCGAACGAUCCGGUCGCAGCUGUAGCGACUGGACAACUGAAGUUAUCCCAACAAAGUGAAAGCUUGGAGCUUGCAGUGCCUGGACAGCCAUACACGGGCAGUACGACCAACGUCCAUCCUUGGUUGUCGUCAAUGGUGAAUUAUGCACAGCCAAUCAAAUUUCAAGGUUUCGAUGUGGCCGAGCAAAACAAUAUACACUAUUAUAUGUCUUCCUUUUCGGAGGCUACUGGACUGAAUCACUUGAAAACUUCAGCCAUAGAAUUUGUUAAUUAUAAUAAACGCCAAAUGAGCCGAAUAUAUCCAAAAGGUACAAGAGCUGACUCAUCUAAUUACAUGCCACAGGUCUUUUGGAAUGCUGGCUGCCAAAUGGUAUCAUUAAAUUUUCAAACUUCUGAUUUACCAAUGCAAUUGAAUCAAGGUAAAUUUGAGUACAACGGUUCUUCUGGCUUUUUGCUAAAACCAGAUUUCAUGAGAAGGGCUGAUCGAAGUUUCGAUCCUUUCGCUGAAAGUCCCGUUGAUGGUGUUAUAGCGACUCAGUGUAGUGUUCAAGUGAUAGCCGGUCAAUUCUUAUCGGACAAAAAAGUUAGCACGUACGUUGAAGUAGAAAUGUACGGUCUGCCAACAGACACGAUCCGUAAAGAGUUUCGAACAAGAACCGUUCCUGGCAAUGGCUUAAAUCCUGUCUAUAACGAGGAGCCUUUUCUAUUUCGCAAAGUUGUAUUGCCAGAUCUUGCCGCACUUCGGUUCGCCGUAUACGAUGAGUCGAAUGGCAAACUGUUAGGUCAAAGAAUCGUCCCACUGGAUGGCUUACAGUCAGGUUAUCGGCACAUAAGCUUGAGAACUGAGGCUAACUUUCCGAUGUCCUUGCCCAUGUUAUUCUGCAACAUUGAAAUUAAAAUUUACGUACCUGAUGGCUUUGAAGAACUGAUGGAUGCACUGUCAGCUCCAAGAGCGAAAAAAGUAACAGAUGCGUCGCCAGCGACGAAAAUGCGUGGACUUGGCAUAGAAGAAAACGAUCUUAAACCGAAUUCAGAGCCUGCUCAAUCUCGUUUCCCUGAGGCUGCAAAACCAAGAGAGGAACUAAAUUUCGAACCUAUUACCAUUGAAACUCUUCGUCAUGAAAAAGGGUACAUCAAACUAAUGCGAAAACAACAAAAGGAACUAGAGAGUUUGAAAAAAAGACAUCAAAAGGAACGAUUUACAGUACAAAAGCAACAGUGUGGCUCUAUAGAAAAACUCAUCAAGGGCAAAAAUCUUCGGCAUUGUAGUCAAACAGAGCUAUCUCGCGAUCCAGUCAUACGCCAAGCAGUUGCAGAGCAAACAGCUCAAUGGUCACGUCUUGCCGAACGUCAGCGCCGAGAGGAGCGCGAACUUGUGCAAGCUCAGCUGGAAGAACGUAAAAUCCAACUGAAGAAAUUAUGUACGGUGGCUCAAGUGACUCAAACAAAACAAUUAAACACAAGGCAUGAAAAGGAAAUCAAGGAGAUGAACUCAAGACAGGCGAGGCUUUCGGUUGAGAGUAUGCGCGAGGUCAUGAAUGAUAAAACAUUAAAAACAAGGGGUAUAAAAGAAGGUAGACUCAGAGAAAAGCAACAAAAUAACACCAAAAAAUUUAUGGAGGAGAGAAGAGUUGCUCAGAUGGUGCAAAACAGAGAAAAGGAUAAGCUUAAAGUCAUUCAUGAGAAGCAAUUGGAAGAAGUACAAAAAGAAAUGAAUGGAAUCAUGGAUAUGUACAAAAAUGAAGAAAUGGAGUAUGAGUUAGGACCAAAGAAAGAAUUUUAUGCGUAACACGAUCAUCGUGAAAAGAAUAAUAAAAAUAAAAAAAUUGCAUGAUCAAUAAAUGUCAGGUCAUAGCAAAUCAGGAUCAAGUUCAAUGAAGAAAUACCUUUCAACAUGUAUGAAACUUUAGAGCAGCCAAAAUGUCUAAAAACUUUUAACAUUCGCUCUCCAUACUAUUUUUUAUAAAAUUUUCAUCUAUAAUUUUCUAGUUGAGAGGGCAGAAAUUGAUGAAAUGAGCGAAUUGUUAAUUAAAAAAUUAAAUAAGUGGAAUGCGACAGCUCUAAUCGAAGUCAUAUUAAAAAUGAUCUAGUCAAGCGUUAUUUUCUCAAAUGAAGUUAUGAGUAAUCUAGUACUUAGGAAAUUGAUAUUGUGAAUAAUAAUUAUUAAACUGAAUAUAUCAGAUUGACACAUCAUUGAUGCUUGCAGUGUAUUUUGAUUCUUAUUGUCAAGAGAAGCUCUUUGAAAACUUUUAUACCAGUCGAUCAGUCUAUAAGACUAACUAAUCGAAGUUAUUUUUCAAUCUUCAAAAUGCAAGAUAAAAUGUGGUAAACUGUGAACGAGCUUUUCUGUACAAUAAGUUUCGAUUUUUUCGGAAUUUUGUUAAAUUUCAUUUGUCGAUAUAGACAUGUUUGGUAUAACAAAGGUGUUUAUAUCGACACGUUUGUUGUAACAGAUUUUAUGUGCUUGUGACAUUGUGCCACAUACAUAAAUGAAAAUAUGAAAUACAAUUCCUUAACACCCUCGCGUGAUAGUUGUAAUAGUUCUAGAUUUUAAUUAAACUUUAAGAGUUCUAUAAUUUAUUAAAUGAUUUCUAGUGCAUUGUUAUAGUUAAUUUUUAAAAUAAUAUUUAGAGAAAAAUGUUUUUAAGUUUAAAUGUUUGAAAAUUUUAUAUUAUUAUGUAAUUUUUACUGUACCUAUUCAUCGCUAGAUCUUUACUUCCAUUGUACUUUAAUUUCAAAUGUCACUUUGUAUUUUUAGAAAAUAACUUGUCUUACUCGAAAGGAAAAUCCUCUUAACUAUAAGAACAUAGUUCUGAUUUUUGGAAAGAACGUUAAUGGAACAUUUUACAGUAGAAUUUCUAUAACAGAAUAAUCGUAACCUUCCGUAUACACAAUGCCAAAUAAAUAUUUAGUUUAAAUAUAAUUUUAAUACAUUGCGUACUAUAUAUAAGACAAAGUUACAUUUCAUCUUUUAUUAAAAUCAUACUACUCUCUUUAAAAAAUUUUUCUAAUAAGUUUAACAUUUAAUAUUACUGACGCAAAUGUCAUUAAUUACAUUUUUAUAAUUUAUAUUGAUGGUGAUAAGAAAUUAUGUACCGUUCAAUAAAUAUGUACGUAGCUGGCAUAUGAACAUUUUCAGAAUAUUCUAUUUCACUAAUAUAGCCUGAUUGUUCUAUAUAUAAUGAUAUUCUUUAAAUAAACACCGGUGAAAAAUUUACUUGUUAUAAAAAAUUUGUAAAAUGAACUCAUUUUCAUUCCAUUUUUUAUCAUUUUAUUUUGCACAGUUAGGAAAAAUAAAAAAUGUUCACUUUUUUAUUAAAAUAUGUGUUUCUAUGUGAAUAUAUAUUUAUAAUGUAGUAUAUAUAAUUUUAAUAUAAGGUUUAAUAAUUAUUUAAAUGGAUAUAAAAUAAUUUUUUGUAAUUCACUUUAAAUAGAAUAAUCAAAUGUUGAAAUUUAUCAAAAUCUGAAUAAGUUACUCAUAAAUACAACAGUUUAUUCUAAACUUAUAUACUGUAUUGCUUUUAUUUCAAGAACAUUUGAAGUUUAUAAUAUUACUUUAAUGAUAAUAAAAUUUUUUCUUAUGUAUUCAAUUAAUGGGUCCACUGAUAUGUACAAUACAUACAUUCAUCUAAAACUAAACUUCACAAACGGCAUGUAUUAAGUUUUUCAUUAAUUAAUCAAUCAUAGAAAAUACCAAACUGUUAGAUUCAUUUUAUUCAAUCUACGGGCUCGAAAACUGAUCUAUGACUGACAGAUGAGUUAAUCUGUCAGUGAAGAGCGGUAACUCCAGAUUGACUUAAAAUAAGAUUAACGAUAAAAUAAAAAAUAUUUCAUCUACACAUAUUGUGCAUAAUUCAUUUUGUCAUGUAGUAUAUUUGAACCCUAUUUUAUCUCUGUUGUACAUAAGUCACUUUUGAAGUAAAAUUAUAUACCUAAAAUAAUUUCUUCUACAAUAAUUUUUCAUAUUGUUUAUCGAAUUAUUUAAAUACGUUAUUUAUGUAAGGUAAUGUAAAAUGAAAUAAGUUGCAAUAAGAAAUAAAAAAUAAGA